AUGUCCAAUACAGUUCUUCUCAUCCUUCUGUGCUGCCUUUUCUCGGCGACGCUGGCUCAGUGGCAGAUGACGCCUCAGCAGAUGGAGGCCUACCGCCAGCAGUACUACCAGUGGUACUACCAGCAACAGCAGCUCCAGCGACAGCAGCAGCAGCAGGCGACGGCUCCGCCAGCCACUGCGGCUCCGGCUCCAUCUAAUCCCUGGGGAGCAGCGCAGCACGACGACAAGGGCAACCACUGGUACGGCGACGACAAUGCCAAGCUGCUCAUCUUCUCGCGAUCCUCCUACCCUUGA